CAAGUAGUGGUUGUGUUAAUUUGAACAAUUUUCCUUAUUGCUCACGUAGCUUCUUGAUGCAAAAUUUAAUAAAAUCGGUUAAGGUUGUUAUAGUAAAUAUUUUUACACCGAAAAAUUGUUGAAAGCAUACAAAUUUCUCUUCUGAUUUUUGAAUUUUAAAUUUUAAAUGUAAACACGUUAUGAAAGUUUUGAAAGUGAAUUCCAUCAAAUGGAUAAGGAUUAAACAGUUAACAAAUCAGAAAUGGCAUUAAAUAGAAUUUGGGUGUUUGUUUGGACAUCCUUAGCGUUGGCAACGGCAGAGGGACCGCGUUGCCCCUCUUGGGCCACUGAAGACCAGUGUCGAGAAGAAGCUUCAGUGAUAGAUGAACACUUUUUCCUUAUCAAUGGUCAAAAACUACAAGUAUCCUCGAGCGUGAGAUAUUUUCAUUUCACUUGCACGAGCAAUGUUUCUCUGGAAAGCGAAGCGCUGCCGAGAUUCGAGAGAGAGGUCAAGAUGUCGCUAGUGAAGCUGACCGCGUGCGCGCCGCCGUCGCGCGGGUACGCCGCCGCGCUGCGAGCGCUCAACGUCUCGGCGCGCGGCACGCUCGAGUUGGAGAAGACGCCCGCGCAGCCCCGACUGCGUGCCGUCCACUUGCGCGACCUGGCCGUCGUCUCGCUCGCCAUCUCAUCUGCCGCCGCAGUUCUAAAACCCGACCCCGAUUUCCUCGAACCGCUGGUCACUCUGCGUAAUUUGCAACUCAUCCGCGUGCUUCUUCCGCGAUCCGCCACACUCCGCUUGCCGCAAACGCUCCACUCGUUGAGUCUGAAUAGCGUCGGUCUCGCGAGCAUCCCCCCCGAGGCGUUCGCACGCCUCCCUGCGCUGGCGCGUCUUAUCGUACGCGACGACCUGCUCGAACAGGUGGACCUUAGCGCGGCGCCGGCGCUCGGCGUCGUACAGCUGAGCGCGCCCGUCGCCGGCGUGACGCUCGGCCCUUCUGUCGAGAACGUGACUCUGAACCACGCUCGCAGCGCUGACCUCCGCGGUAACUGCUCGUCGUUGCGGAACGUGGUGAUCGACAACGUGAUAGAGGCGCUGCCGGCCGGGUUGCUGUCGGCGUGCCCAGUGGUCAACGUGCUGCGCGUGUGGCACGUGCGGAGCGAGCUCAUGGGCGCGGACUUGCUGCGGGGAGCACGUGCACUGCGAGUGCUGGAGGUGCGGUAUUGUAGGCUCCGCACGCUGCAUCUGCGGUGGAUCGAAGACGCGUCCGCUCUGUACCGGCUCGAUCUAUCAUCUAAUGAGCUGGAGCAGCUCCCGAGCGAGCUCGCGGAUGCGGCGCCGGCGCUGGAGGAGGUAGAGCUAGCGAACAAUAAGCUCGGGCGGGCGGCGGUGGCCACGCUGGCGGCGCUGCCGGCGCUACGUGUGCUCUCGCUGGACCGCAACCCGCUCGCCGACAUCUGCGGCUCCAGCGACUCCUACGUCGCUAGCGCCGCCAUGUCGCCGCUGUGGAAGACGUUCUCGCUGCGCACGCUGAGCCUGGCGCGCACCGGCCUCUCGCACAUCUGCCGCGACUGGCGCGUCGGCCUCGUGGCGCUCACCCGCCUCGACCUGCGCGCGAACAACAUCUCGCUGCUGGAGUUCGACGACCUGCAGUGGCGCCGCUCGCUCGCCAGCGUCGUCGACGUGCGCGGCAACCCCGUGCGCGACGUCAGCUACACGCGCGACCAGUUCGUCGCCGUGCUCGCCGGCAACGUGUCCGACGCCUUCGUCUCGUCCUCGAUGACGACGCUGACGCUGGACGCGCCGCUGCAGUGCGACUGCACCAUGUACUGGUUCGUGCGCGCCGUCCGCGAGCGGCCGCAGCACCCGCGCGCGCGGCUGCCGGCGGCGCGCUGCGCGGCGCGGCAGGCGCUCGGGGCGGGGCCGGCGCUCGCGGCGGGGCCGGCGCUCGCCGCCGUGGCGCCGCGCGCGCUGCUGUGCGCCGUUCCCGCCGCCGCGUGCGCCGCCGGCUGCGCGUGCCUCGUGGGCGGCGAGCGCUCCGAGCUGCGCUGCGCGCGCGCCGGCCUGCGCCGCGUGCCGCGCGCGCCGCUCGGGCUGCCGGCGCGCGCGCUGCUGCUGCCGCACAACGACAUCUCGCACCUGACCGCCGCCGACGUCACGCCGGAGCUGGAGGAACUCGACCUGACGGACAACCGGAUAGCUAGCAUCGAUCCGACUACGACGGCGGUGCUGUUCGACGGGCGGCGCUCCGUGCGGCUCGCCGGUAACCCGCUGCGCUGCGACUGCGAGGCGCUGCCGCUGCUGCGGGCGCUGGAGGCGCAGGCGCGUGAGAGGGGCGAGGGCGGCGAGCGGUGCGCGGGCGGGGAGGAAGCGCUGGCGGCGGCCAAGCGGUUGACGGCGCACUGCUCGCCCGCGCUGUGGCCCUUCGCGCUGGUGGGGCUGGCGCUGGCCGCCGCCUCGGCCGCGGCGGCCGCCUGCCUGACGCGGCCCGUGGCACGUCAGCGCUUCAAGAGGUUCCUGUUCGAGCGCGGCCUGUGCCUGCGCUGGCUGCUGCGCCCGCUGCACGAGGACGACGACGCGGAGCGGCCGUUCGACGCGUUCGUGUCGUUCUCGCACCAGGACGGCGAGUUCGCGGCGGAGCUGGCCGAGCGGCUGGAGCGCGGCGCGGGGCUGCGGCUGUGCCUGCACGAGCGCGACUGGACGCCGGGCCAGUGGAUCCCGGCGCAGAUCGCGCAGUCCGUGUCCCGCUCGCGCCGCACGCUGGUGCUGCUGUCGGAGCGCUUCCUGGCGUCCACGUGGGCGCGCGCGGAGCUGCGCGAGGCGUUCGCGGCGGCGCUGCGCGACCAGCGCCCGCGCCUGCUGCUGCUGCUGCUGCCCGGCCUGCGGCCCGAGCGCGCCGCCGCCGCCGACGCCGACCUGCGCGCCUACCUGGCCUCCGUCACGUACCUGCGCUGGGACGACCCGCACUUCUGGGACAAGCUGGUGCUGGCGAUGCCGCGCCCGCGCGUCGCCCCCCCGCGCGUCGCCUCCCCGCCCGCUCCCGCCGUCCCGCCCGUCACGACGCUCGCUCCUCCGCUGCCCGCCUGAGCGGGAUCGAGUUAAUCGCCGAAUUUAUUGUUCCGCGGAGAUAUCGUUGCGCCUGACGCGAGUGUGUCGAGAUGCAUCGAUGGGCGGGAGUGUCCCUCUAACAGAUGUUCAAAGAUUGUAAGAACUAGAAAAACUUCCCUGGUGAUCGAUUCAAUCAUCAUCAAUGGUGAUCGAAAUACUAAAUAUCAUACUUAGUCUUCAGUUUUCAUACGUGUAAUGAGAGAAUGAGUGCUAUAAAUAAUAGAGUGCCAUUUUUGCUUCGCUUGAUAAUACUAAGACAUUAAUGAAUAACGUCGUCUCGAAUACCUAGAAUCUAAGAUGACAUUACUUGUACAACUAAUUUUAAGCUUAGAGACGGAGUUAGCUCUGUGGCCCGGUCGCCGGUGCUGUGAGGAACAGUAUCCAUAGAAUACGAGUAAUGAACAGAUGUUUGCUGUUCUUCACGACACAUGCCAUUCUGCGCAGUACUGUAUUAGUAAUGUUACCGUUAUGUUAUUUCGCCUUAUUAUUAUGCAAUGAUUUGGCAAAUGGCAAAAUGUGGUUUACAUUAUACUCAAAAGUGCACGUCAGCCCUUCUAGCACCGGGUGACAGAAUUACAUCCAAGUAUUAUAUUUUGUUACUUUACGUUGUAGAAAUUGAAAAUACUUUUGUCAGUCACGCCAUUAAACGCAAACGUGUUAAUUUUCUAUUGGAUCUAAAAGUACGAGUACAGUGCCAUCGUUUAUUGAAGUCACUUUUUAUUUUUUAUAACAAUAGUUGUGUUUUAUCUGCGCCGGUAGAGUUUUGUCGAUCACAGAACUGUUGAUUUGUAAAUAAUGUGAACGUUGAUGUCUCAUGCCAUAUUGUGUAUUUAUGGAAAGUCUUAUGCGACAUAUUUUAUACUUAGUAGUUUCAGAGAUGGGAAGGAGUUGAAAUUUGUAAAGCUUCCGAAUUAUUCGUCAUAUAACUAUAAUAUAUAAUAUGUAUUCCGAGAAUGAACCCUUUCAUUGUUCAAUUCUCAUGAAACUAUUAAAAAAUGUUUUCCUCGUAAUCCUAAUGUAUCGCACAAAUCGGAUGUUAAUUUACGCUGUAACGUACCUCUAUUGUUUGGUAACAAAUUUCAAUUUUUUUCGUCCAGUAGCUUCUGAAACAUGAAAUGAACAAAUAUUAUGUUGCGACUAGACUGGCUGCCUAGAUAGUAAUCGUAUGAGGGUUCUGUUUGAGUUUCAGAUGUACGGAACCUCUUUCUCAUUCCCAAACUCAUUCGACCGGACUAAUUUAUAUAAAGUAUACAAUAAAUAUUCAUAGCAAGCGUACCUUUUAAUGUGUUGUGGUUAUUCUAGAAGUUUAUACCUUAGUGUUAAAUAUAUAACUAUACAAUUUUUUUAAUGUUAUAUUUUUAAAAGAUUUUUUGAA